ACUCUCUACGUACCCUCCCCGAAUUGAUUUUUUUGCGGUAGAGAAACGAUCAAAUCACAACAACCACCUCCAUCAAGACACCAGGUAGGAAAUCAGUCAAGAUGGUUGCCGCAAAGAAGCACGUCCCGAUCGUUAAGAAGCGAACCAAGAGCUUCAACCGCCACCAGAGCGAUCGGUUCAAAUGCCUUGCCUCCAGCUGGCGAAAGCCUAAGGGUAUUGACAACCGUGUCCGACGACGAUUCAGAGGCAACAUGACCAUGCCCUCGAUCGGCUUCGGUUCCAACAAGAAGACUCGUCACCUAACCCCUUCCGGCCACAAGGCCUUCCUCGUCAACAACACCAAUGAUGUUGAGCUACUAUUGAUGCACAACCGAACCUACGCCGCAGAGAUCGCCCACUCCGUCUCGUCACGAAAGCGAAUCGACAUCAUCGCGCGCGCGAAGCAACUAGGUGUUAAGGUCACCAACCCCAAGGCCAAGGUUACCACGGAAAUUUAAAAAGUUGAUGGCGACUAAGGAGGGUGUGACUUUAUGGAAUGGGAUCCGGUUUCUCGUUUUCGGCAUGCAUUGGAAGGGUUUUGCGCUCUUAUGGUCUACGGACGGGAUCUUCGAGCUAGCAUGUAUUUCGUGCUAGGGAAUACAAACACGCCUUCUGCGAUGAACACGUAUAUUAUGACCUAAAUCCAGGUACUCUGACCGAUGACCUCCCACGCCAUUUACCUAAGCCGAAGGACGCAGCCAAUCACAACCUCGUGUCAUGGUUCGGGGGGGUACGUGUUACACCAUGACACGUGUAGAGGGCAGUGUCCUUCAUGAUAACCGAUUUGUUGUAUGGGAAUUUUGCCCGAAUUCGUGGUGUUGUACAUUGGGCUGUGUUCUAAUGGCUGUGAAAAAAAAUAUCGAAUUUGUCGUUUGACAGGUCUGCUUAUCGUAUUUCCCCCAUGCUGAAUCCUUGGAAAUGUCUUGUUGAGCAGAUUCAGGUUUGCCACUUUUGAUUGUUUUAGCAUCUCACAAGCCUGCAAGUUCAUCAUUUAGGAAUCAUCCCACCGUACAUCAACAAGUCAUUGGAGGAACUUUUGGGGUCUUAGAUCGGUUACUGCCGCAGUUGUAAGUACCUACAUAUGACUCCAACCUAUCUUAUUAUCUAGAUCUGACCAUAUUGUAAGUGG